ACCACUUAUAAAUAUUUUGAUGCACUAAAACAUUCCUAGAAGGCAGGAAUAUUUAGAAAUAAAACUUUGGAGUUUAGGAACAUUAUUUUUUUUAAAAGAGUGGAAUGUGUACCACUGAUGCCACAUUGAGAGAAUGGGAGCGUUGGUGUCGUCUCUGCGCGAAACAUGAUGGUUGCUACUUUAAUAUAUUUCUGGAGCAAUCCCCACAGUCUCUGGAUUCGGAUGUAAAUCUUCAUUCCAUUAUAGAGAAAUUCUUCCAUAUUAAGAUAAAGCCUAGAGAUGGACUCCCAAUAUCACUGUGUACUGAAUGCUGCUCUGCAAUAGCAUCUUUGGAAAAAUAUGCGGAACAUAUAAAGAAAGUUCAAAAAAUGUACAAAGAUUUAAAAAAUACAGCAGAGUUCGCCGAUAUAAACCUCAAAGAUUUAUAUCAAAAAUACGGUUUAUUUAAAUGCGAGUCAAAUCUGCCCCAAUCAACAACGUCUGCAGUCGAACAAAUAUUUGUUCCUGUAAACCCAAAUACAGUCGUUAAAGUUGAAGAAAUGGAAAUAACGGAGUCAAAGGAAGUAAAACAAGAAACUGAAAUCGAUGUGGAUUUCCCCGAUCCUUUCGCAAACAAUAACCAGAAUGUGGAGGAGACCACUCAUAUAAGUGAAGAUAGUGAAAGUAGUAACAAUAAAACUGACUCUGACUGUGAUUCUGACGAAUUUUCAGAACAAAAAUUGGGAUAUAAUAAAAAUGUCAAUGAAGACAAAGGGGAAAGUAUGCCAAGAAGAAAGUAUAUGUAUCACAUGAAGAGCAAGCACUGCACAGAAACUCCUUUUUGGAAUUGCUCUCAUUGUAGUAGUUCUUUCAAAUAUAAAAAGGAGCUGGUUCGUCAUACAAAAAAAAUUCACGCACCGAGUGUUUAUCCGUGUCCACAUUGUGAUCGAAAAUUUAAAAGAGCCAAAGAUGCUGAAAAUCACAUUAAAGCUGAGCACGAAGGAACACGUUCAUUAAUUUGUGAAGAAUGCGGUGAAGGUGUGCGUACAAAACAGAAACUUUUCGAACAUAUGGCCAUACACACAGGCCGUGGGGCCUAUGAAUGCAAAGAGUGCGGCAGAUAUUUUUUACGAAAACCCCUAUUAAAGAGGCACUUGGAAAUCCAUGGAGAAAAACAUACUUGUGGAGAAUGUCUUUUAGAGUUCAAUACAUCUUUAGCACUAAAGAGGCAUAUGAAAGUGCAUUCCGAUGAAAUGCCAUACAAAUGCAAUUAUUGCGGUCACAGAUUUAAGCGUGCAAAAAAUUUGAAGAACCAUCUUAUUACGCAUACUGGCCUCAAACCCUAUUCGUGUGACUUCUGUGAUAAAACAUUUUCAACUGGAUCAAGUUGCCGUUAUCACAAAAAACAUUUACAUCCGAAGGAACUGGCCGAACAAGAAGCGACGGGCGUAAAAUCCUAUACAAAAAAUAUACCCACAUUGAGUGUGUUAAGAGCGAUUACGCAAGUUGCUGGAAAAAUAGAAAAAGAUGAUGGUUACAUAGGCGAUAAGAGAAUAAAAGUUCCAAAACUAGAUGCUGAGUUACCUGAUGAUUGAAAUGCAAAAUAAAAUUAACUUAAAUAAAUAAAACCUAAAUUGUCAUCUAAUUAAAGUAGUCGAAAGGUUCAUAACUUACAGGCUAAUCGCAUUUUCUAACAAUGUGUUUUUAGAUUCGCAGUAGCUCGUGCUUGUUUCUUAUAUUAGCAAUGAAUUGUGUACAAAAUUUGAUUUGUAUAUGAAAUAUUUGAAUACUGUAAAAAUACGAAUUUGUUUGUACUCCGGUCGAUGCACCGCUGCGCAUAGAAAUUUCCGACUCAACAAAAUAGAUCAGGACACCUCAAUAAAUGUUAAUGAUUUAUUUCUUUAAUUGUACAUUAAUUAAAAUUUUUAUGAAUGAGAAACUAAAACUUGUUAAAACACAAUGUAAA